AUGUUGGGGAGAAGAAGGGUACCCGCAGAUACGGCCUGUGACAUCUCGGUUGCCGCCACGUCGUAUCCCCGAAGAGAAAGAACUUCAGAAAACGUCGUUCUAACUUUUACCAAACAACUGUUCCAAAUUGUCAAUCCCACCCGACGGAGUUUCCGGCGUCCCUUCCGGCUCCUUGGGUUGAUCGUCCGGCCCCUCCCCCUUGUCCUUCCCCCCAUCCUUCUUCCCCUCGUCCUCCUCAUCUUCAUCCUUCCUAACUGCCCUAGGAUCAAUGAAAGUACCGGUAAGCUCGAUCUCCUCUUCCAUAUCCUUUUUCUCUUGCUCCUGAAUCCACUUCUCCCACAGCACGCCCCCCUUAUACACUACAAAAAUGCCCAGGACACUGGCCAAGCCCGCCCACAUCCUUUGCAGAUCGCGGAACCACUGCGUGGCGACCUCAUACUCCUCCAGCUCCAUGAUCUCCUGCUCGGCCUCCGAAUACUGUGUCGUCUUCCGGCGGCGCAGCUCGCGAUCGCUCACGUAGUCAUCCCUCUUGAUCCCCAGCGCGCGCAGCGGUAUCGGGCCCGUCGCUACGUUGCCGAGGGACUUGGCCGUCGCCGCGUGCGUCUCUCGCACAGGCGUGAACGGCAUGUCGCGCGACGGGAGGCCCAGCACCGAACCGGUCAGACUGCCGGCGGCUAG